AUGGCCAGUGAGGCUGCUGAGGAUCGUUUGCGACGCCCACCUGUGAUUGAGUUCAAGCUCGACGAGUAUGCCGUUGGCGCCUUUAGUCAGUGGGGUCGAAUCGUAGCAGAUGUUGAGAACUCUGGAAUACUAAAGGAUAUCGAAGUGCCACCAUUGUCGCCUGCGUUUCUUCCUUCGGAUGUGCCUUUGUUCGACAUCCCAAGUUCGUCUGGAUUAACCGGAAUUUUACAGCGGUCAUCUCACUCUUCGUUUCCUCCAGGUUGUAACUUAGGCGGCAACGCAUUUUCGUGUUUUCUGGACUGA